AUGGAGUUCGCCGCCCUCGUCCUCCUUUUUGUCACCACCAACCUCUGGGGCCUCUACGGAGAGGUCCCAUUCACCGCGAUUCAGCCAUCGCGACCGUUUUGGGACCGCGCCAUCGGGUCCUUCCAGUUGGCGAGCACCAUCCACACACUCGACCAGAUCUACCCUUAUGUCCUGGGCAAGGCUCCUGUUGAGUUGGCCUCACAGGAAUCAACCCCCGACAACGCCCGCGAGCAAGCAAUGGCGGCCUACAUCGCUAGCCGCAACGUCAGCUUCAUCUUCACGCCAGAAACAGCAACCUGCCCAGACCAGCCAACAACAGUCAUGCCCCCCGUUCUGCCGACUGCGCCGCUGAGCGAUUACCGUCCGGUCAGAAAGCCCCGCGCCGAGGGGAAGAAGUCCGAAGACGCGGUCUUCGAAAACGCGGUGCUAGUCCUCCUGGUCGCCAUCCUGGCCGUGCUGGUCAAGGAUGUCACGGGACGGUCUGACAGGACGCAAGAUACUCGCCUGUUGCGGAGGGAGCUUUUGGACUUCAUUGUCAGACAAGAUGCGUUCAAUGACGCUAUCUUCCGCCGUCUGGAGCACCUGCACGACUGUGCUUUCCAGCUUGCCCAGGCUGGGAAUGGCUUGUUCGAGCUGCAGCAACGGCUCGUGACCGACGUCACGUCCGUCAUCUUGUCUCACGUCUCUUCUGAACUUGGCAAUUUCGACUCGCGCUUGGUCCAGCAUUUCGACCAGAUCCGCGACAAUCUUCACCAGAAUCUUCAGGUGUGGAUAGACCUUGCGGCUGUCCUCAGGGACUUCCCUGCGGCUGUGACCAACGCCCUUGCGACGGCUAUCGCCACCGAGAUCGUUGAGUCGAGGACCAGGGCUGACAGGGAUACCCCACGGCCCGGUCUUGACGGGAGCAAGUGGGCGGGGCGGGAGUAG